UGGAGGUUGUAGGGUUUAACCGAAGUUCAAUUUGGUGUUUUUUUUUGCUUUUAUUUGACACCUAAUGUGGGCUUUCAUAUUGAUCACUUGUUUUGCCAGAUGUUUAUGAAUGUGAAUUGAGAUAGUUCUCUGUGAUUCCCCGCGCUCUGUAUUGAUUGUGUCGUUGAAUUUUGAUUUUGCAGCAAGUUGUUGAGCAAUUUUCAUGUGCAGAGAUGGCCAAUAAUCCCCAGUCUUCUGGUGCACAGCCGCCUCGGCCUCAUCUAAUGGGAGCUAUGCCUCCUCAAGGCUACGGUGCUCCUUAUCCUAUGCAAUUUCGACCGGGCAUGCCAGGACACCAAGGUCAACCAUUCCCUCCUGUGUCAAAUGCUCAGCAGUUUCGUCCUGCUGGAGCCGUACAGAAUGUUGGAAUGCCUAACGGUCAAAAUCAGCCCCAACAGUUUUCUCAACCUAUGCAGCAGUUUCCUCCCCGACCUGGCCAGCCUGGUAACAUUACACCUUCAUCGCAGCCGGUUUCUGGUACAUUCAUUCAGUCGAGUAUGCCUCUUACGUCUGGCACGCUACAGGCUCAACACAUGGGGCCUAAUCAUAUGUCCGGGUUAGGUGGUCCAGGAGCUCCAUUUUCAUCGUCAUACACGUUCACUCCAUCUCCUUUUGGACAAACACAAAAUGGCAUCAAUGUUCCAUCGCAAUAUCAUAAUUCUUCACAAGUUCAUGCACCUCUUGUUUCUACGGGUGGUCAAUCCUGGGUGCAUCAAGGGAGUCAAAGUGCUCCAACUAUCACACAUCCACAAGAAGCUACUGCACAACCCUCUUCAUCCGUAUCUAAUCCUUCUGAUUGGCAGGAGUUUGAAGCUGCUGAUGGUAGAAGAUAUUAUCACAAUAAAGUCACGAAGCAGUCCAGUUGGGAGAAGCCCGUUGAACUUAUGACACCUUUAGAGAGGGCUGAUGCAUCAACUGUUUGGAAAGAAUUUACCACCGCAGAGGGUAGAAAGUAUUACUACAAUAAGGAGACAAAGCAGUCUAAAUGGACAAUUCCAGAGGAACUAAAGUUGGCUCGUGAACAAGCUGAAAAGGCUGCACAGGAAGGACAUUUAGAUGUCACUGCACCAGCUGCUGCGACACCCUCUGUGGAACAACAAUCCCCAGCUGUCAACUCAGUUAUUUCCUCAAUGAUGAUUGAUGUAACAUCUAGUCCAGUUCCAGUCACACCUAUUGCUACUUCUAUUACUUCUCCGGCUAUGGCCAUUUCAGGAUCACCAGCAGUUUUAACAGCGCAGCAGACAAGUGCAGGGUCGUCUGUUGGUGAAACAUUAGCGCUUGCUGCUACUCCAAAAAGCUUGGGAGUGCUGCUUGUCGAGAAUAAUGUUUCACAUGUCAUGGAAAGUUCAAAAGCUGAAGCUUCAGCUUUGGAUAGUGAGGAUGUAAAGAAGGACACAAUUGUUACUAGAAAAGCUGAUGUUGCAACGGCAGAGGAGAAACCAUCAGAUGAUGAACCUUUCCUGUAUGCCAGUAAACAGGAAGCCAAAAUUGCUUUUAAAGCACUGCUAGAGUCUGCAAAUGUUGAGGCUGACUGGACUUGGGAGCAGGCGAUGCGAGUAAUCAUCAAUGAUAGAAGAUAUGGUGCUCUGAAAACUCUUGGUGAAAGGAAACAGGCAUUCAAUGAGUACUUGAUGCAAAGGAAAAAAAUAGAAGCAGAGGAGAGGCGUCUGAGGCAGAGAAAAGCAAAAGAAGAAUUUACAAAAAUGUUGGAAGAAUCCGAAGAACUUACAUCAUCAACAAGAUGGAGCAAAGCAGUAACAAUGUUUGAAGACGAUGAACGUUUUAAAGCAGUUGAAAGAGAAGCGGACCGUGAGGAUCUCUUUCGAAGUUACUUGGUGGAUCUUCAGAAAAGGGAAAGAGCCAAAGCCCAGGAGGAGCAUCGCCGAAAUAGGCUAGAGUAUAGGCAAUAUCUGGAAACUUGCGGUUUCGUCAAGGUUGAUAGCCAGUGGAGGAAAGUUCAAGAUCUCUUGGAAGAUGAUGAAAGGUGUUCGCGUCUAGACAAAAUUGAUCGUUUGGAGAUCUACCAGGAAUAUAUCCGUGAUUUAGAGAGAGAGGAAGAAGAGCUGAAGAAGGUAGAGAGAGAAGAAAUGAGACGUGCUGAGCGGAAAAAUCGAGAUGCUUUUCGCAAUUUAUUGGCAGAACAUGUGGCUUCCGGGAUUCUCACAGCUAAAACUAACUGGCGUGAUUACUGUCAGAAGGUCAAGGAUACUUCGGCUUAUCAGGAUCUUGCCCUGAACACUUCUGGAUCCAGGCCGAAGGAUUUGUUUGAGGAUGUUUUUGAAGAAUUGGAAAAUCAGUAUCAUGAAGAUAAAGCACGUGUUAAAGAUGUGGUGAAGGCGGAAAAGAUCAUUGUCAACCCAACAUGGAGCUUUGAAGACUUUAAGGCUGCUAUUAAGGAUAAUAUCGGCUCAUUAGGAGUAUCAGAUAUUAAUUUACAGCUUGCAUUUCAGGAUCUACUUGAGAGGGCAAAAGAUAAAGAGGAAAAAGAAGCUAAAAAGCGUCAACGCCUUGCAAAAGACUUCACUGAUCUGCUGAGCAGUUUUAAGGAGAUAACUACUACGUCUGAUUGGGAGGAAGCAAGAGAAUUAGUUGAAGCCAGCUCUGAGUAUAAAUCCAUUGGAGAAGAGAGCAUCUGCAAGGAAAUCUUUGAGGAUUAUGUUACACGCUUGCUGGAGAAAUCAAAGGACAAGGAACGUAAGCGAGAGGAAGAAAAGUCCAAAAAGGAAAAAGAUCGAGAAGAGAAAGAAAAGAAGAAAGAAAAAGAGAGGAGGGAGAAGGAGAAAGAGAAAGACAGAGAUUCUGAAAAGGAAAAGGAGAAGGGGAAAGAAAGAUCAAAGAAAGAUGAUGCAGAUAGCUCGAAUAUGGAUGAUAUAGAUGACCAGGACCACAAAGAGGAGAAGAAAAGGGAGAAAGAUAAGGAGAGAAAACAUCGUAGGCGGCAUCAUGAUGCAAGUGAUGAAGCAGUUAAAAUUAAUCUCCUUAAAGGAAGCAUUGUGUUUGUACGGAACUCUGACAAAGACGACAAAGAGAAGUCUCGUCGACAUAGUAGUGACCAUGCAAGUUCUGAUAAGGACGAGAAAGAGGAGACCAAGAAGUCUCGUCGACACGGCAGUGACCGUAAAAAGUCGAGGAAGCAUGGACAUCAUUCACCUGAAUCUGAUAGCGAAAGUAAGCAUAAAAAACAUAAAAGAGAUCAUAGGGAUGGAUCUCGCAGAAGUGGCGGGAUCGAUGAGCUUGAAGAUGGUGAAGUAGGAGAAGAUGGAGAGAUCCAAUAA